AAAAUGUCAACAACAAAAAAACUCAAACUGUCAACUUCCUGAAAAAAAUCGGAAAACUUUAAUUUUGUAAUAAAAAGGAUAUUAAGCUUUAGAAUUGUUCAAUAUGACGACUAUAAGACCAUUCACUUGUGAAGAUAUGUUAAAAUUUAACAACGUGAAUUUGGACCCUUUAACAGAAACCUAUGGCUUGUCGUUCUACACACAAUAUCUGGCGCAUUGGCCGGAGUAUUUCCAAGUGGCUGAAUCUCCUAGUGGAGAGAUUAUGGGAUACAUAAUGGGGAAAGCAGAAGGUCACGGGGAGAACUGGCAUGGACACGUUACAGCGCUUACUGUAAGUCCCGACUACAGGCGACUAGGACUUGCGGCCACUUUGAUGAACAUUCUUGAAGAUGUCUCUGAAAAAAAAAAUGCCUACUUUGUAGACUUAUUUGUGAGAGUGAGCAAUAAAGUGGCCAUCAAUAUGUACAAAAAUCUUGGUUACAUAGUGUACCGGACUGUGUUAGAAUAUUAUUCAGGGGAUCCAGAUGAAGAUGCUUAUGAUAUGAGGAAGGCUUGCUCAAGAGACAUCAGUAAGAAGUCUGUGGUACCUUUAGCUCAUCCAGUGAGACCAGAAGAUGUGGACUAGAACCUAUAAUAAGUUUUAAUAAAAUGACAAAGUAAAUCAAUCA